UCCUCAUUUGAAUGACUUCUUCGUAGGAGAGAUGAUGAAAUUACGGAUUUUAUUUGUGGUAUAAUUAUAAGGGUAUAAUUAUCUUUUAACUAAUUUAAUAUUUUAAAAUAAAUAUUAUUUAAAAAAUAAGGACAAAUUUGUCUUUUCUCAUACUUUUAAAGGAGCCUAUGUUUUAGACUCAUAUUUAGGACGGAGGGCACUCUAAAUUACCUACCAAUCUAUUUUCUAACACUUGAAAAAAAAAAAAAAAAUACACCUUCCCAAUUCCUUCGGGUACUAAACCUUGCCAUCCUCUUUCUCACAGAUAAGCCUCCCGAUAUCAACCCCCCUCUGUCUCGAAAUCGCCAUGUCCAUGCUACUCCGAGCCCUACCCAUUGUAGCCCUCCGUUCCAAACCCCUCUCUCUCACACCCAUCCCUCUGUUAUACCUCAACUUCCACAAACUCCACAAACCCAACUUUUUUCUGAAAAGAAGCACUUCAUCCAUUUCUGCUUCUUCUAUUCAAUCUUCUUCCACAGAAGUUCUAAUACCCAGUUCUGAACAACCACCAAUCCCAUUCAAAGACACCCUUGAAUGGGUCAGUCGAACUGGGCUUUGUGGCGAAUUGUCCGAAAAUGAUGUGGGUAAACGGGUGAGGCUUUGCGGGUGGGUCGCGCUUCACCGGAUUCAUGGGGGCCUAACUUUCCUCAAUCUCAGAGAUAAUACUGGAAUUGUACAGGUCACAACACUUCCUGACGAGUUUCCAGAUGCUCAUACUGUUGUGAAUGACUCAAGACUUGAGUAUGUUAUUGCGGUGGAAGGCGUUGUUCGAUCACGGCCAAGUGACUCGGUCAACAAGAAAAUGAAGACUGGCACGAUAGAGGUACUUGACUACAAGGAAGGCGAACUUUGGAACUUAAAGCAAUCAUUGGAGCUUAAAAGCUAAAUUUGGAGUUGAAGUGCUAAAGGACCAUUGUGACCAAUUCUUGGCUCUCUUGUAUUUUAAUUGUUUCACUUCUUUGUAUGCUUGUGAUAGCCCUUGUUGAGGCUCAUUUUAUUGCUAAAUUUUUGUCCAAGCAUAGGCCCUUGUUGAGGCCAAUUUUUUCUUGCAUUUGGGUUUUAAUUGUGAAUGGAGGAAUUGUUUGAUCCAAGUUUGGGGGGGAAUUACAUCCCUUCACCUUAUGCUCCUCCAUCAUAUUUUAAUCCUUAUGAGAUUGAGUCCAAUUCAUUUCAUGCAUCAUCUUAUUAUGGACUUGAUCACUCAUUUAAUCCUUCUUAUGACUAUUGCUCUCCACAACCAUUUUAUAAUGAAUCAAUUCCACCACCUUCUAAGUACUCACCCGGAUUUGAAGAAAAAGUGUUAGCUUUACUUGAUGUGCAUAUUUCACACACUUCACUUAUUAAUUCUCAUUCUCAAGCUUUAGCCAACUUAGAAGCUCAAGUUGAGCAAAUUGCAAGUACUCUUUCUCAUCAAGAGGAGGAGGAAGAGGCAAAUGAAAAAAUGGCAAGAACUUCAAUGAAUAUAGAUGAGGAUGAUGAGAGUGAGGAGAAUGAAACAAGUGAGCUAAUGCCUAGCACUCUAUCUUGUAUAGAAGAGGAAGUAGCAAGUGAGUUAGUGGCUAAUCCAAUAGAACAUAACAUGAUUAAUGAGGACUUUCCUUGUUUUGAUUAUGAUUUUAUCUCGGAGAUGGCUACUCUAGAGAGUGAGGAGAUGUUGACCACACUUGAGGAACGAGAGAAGGAGGAUGAACUUGUUGAAGAGGGUCUUUCUUCUAUUAUCUCUAAUGACCCUCUUGAGGAAUGUCUUUUGGAAAUGUAUGAAAAUUGUGGUUUUGACUUUAAAAGCUCUAAAAAUGAAAUAAACUCUCUAAUGGACUCCUUAGCUUACUUAGAAGGUGAGAAAAUGGUAAUUUACGAGGAGGAGAAGAGGGAUGAAGAGAGGGUGUUUCUUAUUAAUCCAAAUGAGUCUUUGAAAGACAAUACCUCACCAAUUAUCAAUGUGGAUGAUCAUUUGAAUGUGUUUCAAGAACACAACAAAGAGGCAAGCCUAACCAUGAUUGAUUUUGUUUUCAAGACCGUGGAUGAAAGGAACAAUAUCAUCUCUUUUAUUUCUUUUCAAGUCAUUCUUUUGGAGGAUGAUUUUAUUGUCAUAAGUGGGACAUUAAAUGAGAAAAGUGAAAAGAGGGUCAAUAAGGAUGUUUCAUAUCCAGUUUUUGAUUCAUUUGAUUAGUAAGUUGACCUAACGUCUUGCUAGAGACGUUAAACACUAGUAUUCGUAGAGUUUCACAACUCUAUUCCUCCCUCAUUUCUAUCUUGCAUUUUGAUUCUUGCGAAGUCUAGAUACUGUUUUUGUGGUUCAUAUACAUUGGAAGGAACUGAGUAAGGGGUUGCGUGAGCAUUCAAGUCAUUUUGAGCAUUUAGGCAUAAUUUCGAUCGAUCCAAGUUUUGGUUCGAUCGAUCGAAUUUUGGUUCGAUCGAUCCAACUAUGGAGUCGAUCGAUCCAGCUCUCAUUUUGCACCCAACACUUAGAAAAAUUUUGGACCUGCAUCCAAAUUCCAAAAUGCAUGCUCUCGGGAUCUCCAAAUUUUCAAAAGUUCGAUCGAUCGUAAACCAUUUCGAUCGAUCGAACUACCUUUCGAUCGAUCCAACAUAUGGUUCGAUCGAUCAUGAGUCCCAACAUUUAGAAAAAUUUUGGACCUGCAUCCAAAUUCCAAAAUGCAUGCUCUCGGGACUUUUCAAAAUUUUUCAUGUUCGAUCGAUCGAAUUCCAAGUUCGAUCGAUCCAAGGUUCCAACACGUAUCAACUCUUGAACCCUUAAACUUGUACAUUCUUUAUCCUUUUCGAUCGAUCGAAAUUUGCAUCUCAUUAAUUUAAUUUCCUUUGAAAAAAAAAAAAAAAAAUCCAAAAUUUCAACAAAAUGCCAUUAAGAGUGGAGACCUAAGUUCGAUCGAUCGAACUCUGCAUAUCGUGUUUUUAAAAUAUAACUGAGUUGGAUCGAUCACUUUGGAUCGAUCCAACUUCAAAAGGAAACUAAACCCUAGUCUCCCUCUUCUCUCAAUCUCAUCUCAAUCCGGCCAACCUCCAUCACAAUCAUCUUCCUCAUCUCCGGCGAGCCAAUUUCGGCCAGAUCAUGCCUCCGCGGUACAAGAGUACAGCCAGGAGAUCUUCGGGGCCACAGCGACCCCGCAGACAUAUACGGCCCAGGAUAGAGAUGGUUGCAGAGCCCAUGCUCAGGAGGAGCCCACACAGGCUACUCCCCCUCAGUCCCCAUCCCACGAGGCUGAGGAGGGAGCUGACCACAUGCCAUCUACAUCCCAGGCUCCUCCAGCCUUCACACCAUCACCUUCUCCUGUGCGCCAUCAGGCAGAUGCAGCCGCCAUGCCAUCACCGCAGCCACCUCUACCGGCUCAGCGCCGUGACCAGUUGCUGCCGAGAUAUGCAGCCAUGACCGUGGCUCAGGAGUCGUACUUCGAUACUUCGUACUUCGAUACUGCGUACUUCUCCGAGUCUAUCCUGACCCGGUCUGGCUAUCAGGAUAUCAUGCAGCGGGGCCUCUCAGCCAUCUUUGCCCCAGUCACUGGCCUUGUAUACCCGCGACUGGUGCGGUUAUUCUUUCAGCAUCUCCGGCCCUCGCCACGAUUUACCGCGGAGAUGAUCACUACACUGGACGGCCACGAGAUUGUCAUCACAGUUGACACUCUGGCCCGUGCUUGCCGGUGCCCAUACCGGUGUCCACCUGAGCUCGCAGAGACAUACCCGAGGCUGCAUAGGCCUUCAUUUUCUGACAUGGCUGUCUCCUUGACAGGCCAUCAUGCCGGUGGUCAGACAUUCGCCACCAGGACCUUCUUGCCUGACGACUUCUGGUUCAUCGACACAGUUCUUUUCCAGAACAUUUACAUGGCGGGCCACAAGAUCCAGAGGCGUCAUGACUACUUGACAGCUCUUUACGCUUUUUACACGGGCUGCUGGGUAUCUAUCCCAGUCCUCAUCUGGAGCGUGAUGAGGUUGCUGUAUGAUUCUUUCAUUUCCAGGAAGGACCCUAAGCGGUCCAAGGUCCUGCCUUUCGGACACCUCAUCACGCAGAUCCUUCUUGAUCAGCGCUACAGAGUGCCCCCAGAUGAGGAGCCCCUUGCACGGUCCAGCUUCUAUAGGAGGAGCGACUGGAAUAAGAGCUACAAUGCUCUUAUUCGGAGUCUUCAGGAGCCAGCUGUAGAGGCAACAGCUGAACUAGAGGAGGAGGAGGCAGCCCAGGCACAGCCGGCACCUCCAGCAGCAGCAGAUAUCGCAGCGGACGACGCACCAGUCGGUCCGGCUACCGAUCGUAUGGACAUUGACCUGGAGCGACCUGCGGAGGAGUAUGCCGAUGCUGCAGAUGAUGCUGAUGCCGAUGAUACCAGUGAUCGAGCCGCUGCUCAGGAGCGAGUUUGGGAGUCUUCUUCAGAGGCAUCUCUGCCUGAGUCUCUAGUUCCCACUCCCGGAUUCGGAACACGCUUGCAGACACUAGAGGAGGACGUAGCAGUCAUGCGAGCCGACAUCACUGCCCACCGAGCUGAGUUCACCUCUUUCAGGGCGGAUGUCAUGGCUUGCUUUGCCGAUCUCUCCAGCCGACUCCCUGCACCUGCACCUCCAGCCACUGCAGAUCUUCACGAUCAGGCCUCCUGAGACUCCACUUCCAGUUGUUCUAUGCUUUCAUUUCUUUUAUUCUGGAUCUGUAUUAUACUGUCACUGUUACUGUAUUAUACUUUGCGGCCGGUCUGUCGGCUUUAUUAUUUUAUUGAUGUACCUGCACUUUAUAUUCUCUAUAUAUUGCUUUUUGAUUAUGGAUGUCUCUUAGUAUCUCAUAUUUGUAUGUUUGACUCCAUCAGGUACACCACAGUGACUUCAGUGAGAGAGUGCUGCCCAAUUUUUCAGGACCACUCUUAUACCUCUCUCUCUAUUCUCUAUUUAUCCCAUUUUACACUUGCAUGUCCACUGUGCACUGAUUAUCCUAUCUUGUUAUCUAAUGAGUUUAUCCGAGUGCAAACUUUUCAGGACCACCGUUUAUCCCAAGUUUGGGGGGGCUAUGCCACCUACUUUGGAUACUUCUAUCCCGAUCAUUCAUGUCUAAAGCACUGAUAUACUCUUUCCUUUGUUCUCUUCACACAUUGAGGACAAUGUGCAAUUUAAGUUUGGGGGUAUUGGUGUAUAUUUCAGUGUUACUUUAAAAUUCAAAUUUUGAGCAUGUCUUGUGUAUUUGAGGGAUAUUUCUAUACUUGGUCCAUUUCUAGCUAUGAUUUUGAUCUUUUGAGAACUAUAUUGCUUAAAAUUUAAAAAUUACUUGACUUGAGAGUCCAAUACUCCUUGUAUGCCUUGAGGAUGCCAUUUAGGAGUAAAUUUUUCAAAAGAUUGAUAUCUUGCUUGCAUUUGUGGUCCACAUCAUCCUGAAUAUGUGAUUGUUUUGAGAUUCAUUCUAGGAUUCUACACUAGCACCGGUGUACACUAGCAUUCAUUUGUGGGGUACAUGCUUUGUUGAUUAUUGAAUUGGUUAUAUCCCAAUUGGGCUAGUAGUGCAUUGAAAGCUUUCAUUCUUGAUAAAGGUGGAUAACAACCCCUUUUCAUUGAGUAGCCGGGAUUCUUGCCUCAUUAAGCAGUGAACUUCUCGCGCCGAAAGGUGGAGGGCCCAAACUCUAGGUUAAUAAUUGAAUUGAUUAUUUCAAAAAAAAAAAAAAAAAAAAAAAAAGAAAAAGAAAAAGAAAAAGAAGUUGCAAAAGCAAUAAAAGUGAGGAUUUCUCCCAAAAGGCGAGAAGUGGGAAAUGAUUAGAUGGUUGUUGUCUUGAUUUGUAGCCUAGUUGAUUUGAGUUUGUAAGUCCGUUGGGGAGUCUUAACACCUAAUGCCCUAAAGCCAUCUGGUUUGGGAGUCAUUGACCUAAAGCUCGCUACAUGAAUCUUCUAGAAAGCAUAAGAGAUCAACACAUUGCACAAUACUUCCAUCUUUGAUCCUCAAUAAAAAAUAAAAAAAAUAAAAUAAA